AUGAAUGAAAGUAAAGAUAUUGAAACAUAUAUGGUUAGAGUCAAUGAAGUUGUAAAUGCUAUCAGAGGUCUAGGUCAUACAUUGAGUGACUCAGAGAUUUGUCAGAAGAUACUCAGAUCACUUUUGCCCAAAUAUGACUCCAAGGUACCAGUUAUUGAAGAUCAUGAUGAUAUAGACAACUUAACAUUGGAUGUUUGGCAAGGAAAGCUGAAAGCCUAUGAGAUGAGAACUGGGAAAGGAAAGUUGGAUAGUGAUGAUGAGGCUGAAGCAAACUCUGUUAGAAAGCUCACCAGAGGGAAAGGCAAGUAUCAAAGCAAGCUUCCAUUCAAGUGUUUCAGGUGUGGUGAUAUUGGUUACUAUGCUGCCUCGUGUCCUCAAAAGAAGAAAUUCAGAGGCAAUGAUGAUGAAGACAACAACAACAAAGAAAAAUGCGAAGGGAAGAAACGGCAAUUUAUUAAGAGAAGAUUCCCCAAGAAGAAGAUUUUUAUCUCCAAGGAGAGUGAUGACUUCUUAUCUGAUUCAGAGAUUGAUGAAGAUUCAGACAAUGAUAUCAAUGAGUGUCUAUUCAUGACUUAUGAAAUCAAUAAGGAUGAAAGUCAGCCUUUUGAAGAGAUAGAGGAAGUGAAAGCUGUAGUGGUUCUUGAGGGUGAGUUAGAAGAGGCUCUUGAGAUGCUUGCUAUUGAGAAGAAAAAGAAUAAGAAGCUGGUUAAGGUUUGCAUAAAACAAGAAAAAGAAUUGGAGAGUUUGAAAGGCAGCCAGACAACUUUGAACGAUCUUGAGACUCAACUUGCAUUCAAGGUUACUCAAUGCAACAAGCUUACUCAAGAAAAUGAUAUUCUUCAAAGCCAAAUCAAAGAGUAUGAAGACAAAAUCAGCUACUAUGAGCUGAUGUGGGGUGAACUUAAUGAGUUGAAAUAG